CAUGGCGAGUCCUGCAAAGGAUAACUAUCGAAUGAAGAGUUACAAGAACAAAGCCCUAAAUCCCGAGGAAAUGCGUCGGAGAAGAGAAGAGGAAGGAAUUCAGCUGCGCAAACAGAAACGAGAGCAACAGCUCUUCAAAAGAAGAAAUGUGGAGCUGAUCAAUGAAGAUGCCUCCAUGUUUGAUAGUCUCCUUGUGGAUUCCUACGUUAGUUCCACAACAUGCGGGGAGGGAGUGAUCACAAGAGAGAUGGUAGAGAUGCUUUUCUCAGAUGACCCUGACCUACAGCUAGCAACCACUCAGAAAUUCAGGAAGCUACUCUCCAAAGAGCCAAAUCCUCCAAUAGAUGAAGUGAUAAACACUCAGGGAGUGGUGGACAGAUUUGUUGAAUUCCUGAAAAGAAGUGAAAAUUGCACGCUACAGUUCGAGGCGGCGUGGGCACUGACGAAUAUCGCAUCAGGAACUUCCCAACAAACAAAAAUAGUAAUUGAGGCUGGGGCAGUUCCUAUAUUUAUAGAGCUGUUAAACUCUGACUUUGAGGAUGUUCAAGAACAGGCUGUCUGGGCAUUGGGGAACAUUGCUGGAGACAGCUCUGUGUGUAGAGAUUAUGUCCUUAACUGCGCUAUUCUUCCUCCCUUAUUAAUGCUCCUUACGAAGUCCACCAGGUUGACAAUGACACGAAAUGCUGUCUGGGCCUUGUCAAACUUGUGCAGAGGAAAGAGUCCGCCACCUGAGUUUGAUAAGGUGUCUCCCUGCCUGCCAGUGUUGUCCCGAUUAUUAUUCAACAGUGACUCUGACUUGCUGGCAGACGCAUGUUGGGCUCUUUCCUACUUAUCAGAUGGCCCCAAUGAGAAAAUUCAAGCAGUUAUUGACUCAGGAGUGUGUCGGCGACUGGUGGAGCUGUUAAUGCACAAUGACUACAAAGUGGCCUCCCCAGCUUUGCGAGCAGUUGGCAACAUCGUGACAGGAGAUGACAUCCAGACCCAGGUGAUUCUGAACUGUUCAGCCUUGCCCUGUCUCCUUCAUUUAUUAAGUAGUCCCAAGGAGUCAAUCAGGAAAGAAGCCUGCUGGACUAUAUCUAACAUCACAGCAGGAAACAGAGCACAAAUACAGGCAGUCAUAGAUGCAAACAUUUUUCCGGUACUGAUAGAAAUCUUGCAGAAAGCAGAAUUCCGCACGAGGAAGGAGGCAGCUUGGGCUAUUACAAAUGCAACGUCAGGAGGAACUCCAGAACAGAUCAGGUACUUGGUGAACUUGGGAUGCAUCAAGCCUCUUUGUGACCUGCUAACUGUCAUGGACUCCAAGAUCGUCCAGGUGGCGUUGAAUGGCCUGGAGAACAUCCUGAGGCUUGGAGAGCAGGAAGCCAACCAGAGUGGGACAGGCAUCAACCCCUACUGUAGCCUGAUCGAGGAGGCCUAUGGUUUGGAUAAGAUAGAGUUCCUACAGAGCCAUGAGAACCAAGAGAUCUACCAGAAGGCCUUUGACUUGAUUGAGCACUACUUUGGAGUAGAGGAUGACUCAGCUCUAGCUCCCCAGGUAGAUGAGAACCAGCAGCAAUUCAUCUUCCAGCAGCCUGAAGCUCCCAUGGAAGGUUUCCAGCUAUAAUGUGCCUGGGGGAAAAAGAACACCACAAACUUGCUGGAAAGCAACUGGGAGCAGCUGAUCGUCCCAUCUCCUCCUUGCAAAUGGAAGGCUAAACACCCACUCCACCUGUUAGGAAACAAUUCUUCCUUCAAACAACUAGCAACAGUGCUUUGUCCUCAUGGAGAGAAGGGGCUGUUCUUACCCUUUUUUCUUUUUGCUGCUGCAUACAUGUCUUUUAAAGCAGGCACCUGGGUGGAGGAAGGACACUGAGGUAACAGAUUGCACCUCUUGGUUUUUGGUUUUGUUUUUUUCCUUUGUGGUGAUCUCUCCCAAAUGUCACUUCUUACCUCGGGUACUUAAUUGAGAUUUCAGCAUUGGGUUGGGUGAGAACACAAAUAGAAGGUAAGCAUUCUGACAACAAUAAUUCUGGAAACCUGGCUUGAUCUAUUUAAUUUUUUUGCACAUGUUACUCUUUAUUAAAGACUCUAAUUUGCCAUGAGCAAAUUUUAGCCCUGGC